GCAGUUGCUAUAAAAGAUGAAUGACGGAGUUCGAAAACGAUUACAAUGUUAGAUUCAUGUAGAAAUUUAUGUCUGCUUUCGCAUUUAAAUUGAACGAUGGAAUGCGAUAUUCUGGACACACUGGAACAGCUCGGAUAUAACGGGCCAUUGCUUGACGAAGAGGCACUUCUAAAAGCAUCCCAGAGUGGUCUGUCUUCACCCGAGUACAUCAAUCUGUGUGUAUGGCUAACGUCCCGACUGAAACGGCUUUGCGGUCUGGAGGAAAACUUGUCUGCCGGCCCAGGUGAUACGGACGGUCUUCAGAUAGAGAUAAGUGGGUUGCUGAAAGAGCUGUCCUGUCCUUACCCUGCUUUGGUCUCAGGGGAUGUUCAAGGAAGACUGAAUAACAAGCAAGAUUGUUUAAAAUUGAUCUUGUUUUUAAGCUCAGAGCUGCAGGCAGCGGAGAUGGUGCAGGCCAAGCCUCGGAAAGGGGACGGGAGUGUAGAGCGCGCCAUCUCUCCAGACCUCAAGCUCAUAUGCAGAACACUCGGGCUCUCUGAAUCAGAGGGGCUGGGAGCAGAGGAGCUGUUUUCUAGCAUUGAGACCAAGAUAAAUAAAUUAAUUGCAGAAGUUCCAAAGGAGCACAUUGGCAAGCCAGUGCUGAAGACCUCCCUCAACAGUGAACACUGGGCGGAGCUGGAGAAGAUCAACUCCGUUCUCUCUGCGGAGUACGAGUGUCGACGGCGAAUGUUGAUCAAGCGUCUGGACGUCACAGUUCAGUCCUUCAGCUGGUCAGACAGGGCAAAGGAACAAAUAGACAGUAUGGCCAAAGCCUAUCAGCCUAAGAGGCAUUCGUUGGUGGCUAAGUCAUCCAUAAGCCUUGCACACCUGCUAGCUGCAAGGGAGGACAUUUGCAACCUCAUCAAAACAAGCAGCGGGUCAAGUCGAGAAAAGACUGCAUGUGCUAUUAACAAGAUCCUGAUGGGCAGGGUACCUGAUCGAGGUGGGCGUCCGUCAGAAAUCGACGCACCUCCACCCGAAAUGCCCCCUUGGCAAAAGAGGCAGGAUGGGGGAGGGGGAGGGAGAGGAGGAUGGGGUGGACGAGGUGGAGGUGGAGGAGGAGGCGGGUGGAGAGGGGGCUGGGGUGGAGGGGGAGGGGGGAAAGGGGGAUGGGGUGGUCAUGGGGGAGGGGGGAAAGGGGGGUGGGGCCACCACGGAGGGGGAGGAAGUAGUUACUAUGGAAAGGGGGGGCAUUAUCGCUAUUAAAACGGCGUUCCUCUAAAUUAAACAUCAGAAACAGUGUUAUUGCAUUUUUCUCUAGAGAGGGACUUGAUCAAAGAAACUGCUUCUCCUAGAGGGGCAACACUAAGUUUUGAUCAGUCUUUAAGGCUGAGUAGUUUUUGGAUCAUGGGAUAUUCAGCUUAGAUAUUUUUUGAAGCGUUUGUGCUCUUUAUUUUUAAAUGGUGUUGACAGACAAAAACAAUCCUGGUAGAUUUUGAUUUCCUGCAUUUUGUAACAUUUUUUAAGGU